AUGGCGGAACCCUCCGAUUCAGCUGGUCCCUCCAACAACCACGAUGCGGAGGAUACGACGGCCCUCGCAUCGCGCGCGUUAAGCAAGGUGGAUAGACGACUGGUUCCUCUCCUGUUCGUCACUUACUUGCUCAAUUACAUGGACAAAGCCAUUCUGUCCAGUGCUUCAGUGUUUGGGUUGACCGAAGAUACGCAUUUGGUCGGACAACAAUACAGCUGGGUGUCCAGUAUCUUCUAUUUCGGAUAUUUCUUCUGGCAAUGGCCCACCAACAUGCUGAUUCCCCGCGUUCCAGUGGCCAAAUAUCUGGGAUUCAAUACACUCUUCUGGGGAGCGGUGGUUGCGCUGACUGCCGCCUGUGUAAACUACGGCGGUCUCCUGGCCGUCCGCUUCUUGCUUGGGGUCGCAGAAGCCACCAUCACACCUGCUUUCAUGUUCAUCACCUCCACCUGGUACACCCGGGAUGAGAUCCCCUUCCGAACCGGGAUUUGGUUCUCGGGGAACUCAGUCGGCGGGUUGAUUGCUAGCCUGCUGGCCUAUGGCAUCGGGCACAUCGAGCAUCCCCUCCGACCGUGGAUGUGGAUGUUCAUCAUCUUGGGUGUCGCGACCUUCCUCUGGGGCUUUGUGCUUCUGGCUUUCUUGCCGGACAGUAUCUCGACCGCUCAGUUUCUGACCUCCGAGGAGCGAGAUUUUAUGAGCAAUCGAGCUGUGAUCGCCGGUACCGGUCGCACGGAGCGUACUGCCUGGAAAUGGGAGCAAGUGGAAGAGUGUCUGCGAGACCCGAAGAGCUGGCAUCUGUUUGCCAUCGCUCUGCUGACUCAGAUUCCCAAUGGAGGUACGCAGAACUUCGGAAAUCUGGUCAUCAAGUCGUUUGGCUUCACCUCGUUGCAAUCGACGCUGAUCAAUAUCCCGGCGAGCGUGAUCAGUGCGGCCACCAUUGCCCUGACCGGAUGGGCGGCGAGUCGAUCCCACCGGAUGAACUGCAUCCUGAUCGUCUGCGUGAUCAUCUUCCCCAUCAUUGGAAGUGCGAUCAUCUACGCUCGCGCCCAGCAUGUUCCGCUCGGGGCGCAACUGUUCGGGUACUUCCUCCUGUCCACCGGUCCAGGGGCCUUGCCGCUGGUCAUGUCGCUCUUGCAGAGCAACUAUCGGGGUGUCACGAAGAAGAUGACGAUGACCGCGAUGAUGUUUGUGGCGUACUGCGCUGGCAAUAUCGCCGGGCCACAGCUGUUCAGGACCAGUGAAGCCCCAACGUACCCAACAUCCUUCCGAGCCAUCUUGAUCUGCUACAUCAUUGCUGGGGGGCUCACCAUCUCGUUACGUUUCUAUCUGCAGUGGCUGAACGCGAAGCGGGAUCGAGACGAGGGAGUCCCUGGCAGCGCGAGCUUAGCGGGUGCAGUGGGAGGAAAGGUCGUCGGCGAGCAGCGCGAUGGAGCAGACGUCUCGGUCCUUGUACGUUCUGUAGAACUGAACCAGGCAGACUAUGACGACGUCACGGACUGGAAUACGGUCGGGUUCCGCUAUCGUCUGUGA